GCCACACUUCGUUUCUUGGCAGCCGAGGACUACUCAGCCUUCAGCAAUCCACAGGAAUCUCUAAGUAGAGCCUGUGCCACAUCAUUCCCAAGACCUGCGACGCCAUCUACAAUGUCCUGAAAGAAUAUUUGAAGACUCCAACAACACCGGAUGAAUGGAGGACUGUCGCCGACGGGUUUGAGAGCUGGAACUUCCCUCACUGUAUUGGAGCUGUGGACGGGAAGCACAUACUGAUACAGGAUUCAAAGAAGCAUAGAUCGCAGUACUCCAACUACAAUGGGUCUCACAGCAUCGUCUUUAUGGCUGUAGUGAAUGCUAAUUAUGAGUUCAUUUAUGUAGAUGUUGGAGCAAACGGACUUUCUAAUGGUGACGUGUGGGCCAACUCUGAUCUUUCCCGUCGUCUGGAAGAAGAAACAGCUGGUCUUCCUGAUGACCAGAUGCUAGGAAACCAAAGAACCCUUCCUUAUGUCUUGGUGGGGGACGACGCCUUUCCACUGAGGCGCCACCUCAUGAAGCCAUACCCCUUCCAAAACCAAGAUGACGAACAACGGAUAUUCUCCUACAGGAUUUCACGCGCUCACCGAAUUGUUGAAAAUGCAUUUGGUAAUAUGGUCGACAAAUUCAAGAUUCUUCACAACGCCAUGCAGGUGGAACCAAGUAAAAUGGAAAAAAUUGUCUUAGCUUACACUGUCCUCCACAACUACUUAUUCAGGAAUAAUGAAGCAUCUUACAGUCCAGUAGGAAGCUUGGACAAAGAAAAUUUGGAUGGGACAAUAACAGCAAGCUCCUGGCGUAACAGUCAACAACUACUGUCCUUGGACAGACUAACAAACACUACAGACGAGGCAGAGAACAUCAGGAAAGAGUUCACCAGAUACUUUUGUCAUGAAGGUGCUAUACCCUGGCAACAUCCGAUGUGUGGUAUGGAAGGAAACUGCUUGUCAUACUGAGAAAGUUGUAAGUUUUAAGUACACACACACACACACACACACACACACACACACACACACACACACACACACACACACACACACACACACACACACCGCGUAGUGUAGUGGU